AGCAAAAACAAGUCACAGACAGGAUGUAAGAAAAAGAGACAGACAGACAGACAGACAGUCAGACAGACAGACAGACAGACAAACGGAGAGAAGCCAAACAUAGUUAUUGCGAUACAGAAAAAGAGCGAGGCAGAAGGGAGAGAGAGAGAGAUAUUUAGAAAGAGACAGAGAUAGAGAGAGAGAAAUAACAACAGACAGAGGGCGCGAGAGGUAACCACAACGUGAAGCUAGAAGAAACACAGAUAGAGGAAAGGAACUCUGUGACCAGCGUUCGCUGACUGUAGAGGAGGUGUGUGCGCAUCAUGUUUGAGUCCAGCAUGCUGCUGCUGGCUGGCCUGGUGCUGCUCCUGCUGCUGGCCUGGAAGAGGACGGGGGCACGGGGGCUUCGACUGCCCCCAGGCCCCCCUGGACUACCCCUGCUGGGAAACCUGCCCCAAGUAGACAAGAACGCACCCUAUAAGACUUUUAUGAAGUGGAGUAAGCAGUAUGGGCCGGUCAUGACUAUGAAAAUUGGGCCUUUGCGGAUAGUGGCCCUCAGUGGGUACCAGACAGUGAAGGAGGCUCUAGUGGACCAGGCUGAUGACUUCACAGGAAGAGCACCAGUUCCGUUCUUGAACCGGGUUGUCAGGGGAUACGGUCUGGCCGUCAGUAACGGUGAGCGCUGGCGUCAGCUGAGACGCUUCACACUGAGCACGCUCAGAGACUUUGGGAUGGGCCGCAAGAGGAUGGAGCAGUGGAUUCAGGAGGAGAGCCGACACCUGCUGGAGAGCCUGAGAGAAACCAAGUCGGCCUCGUUUGACCCCACAUUCUUCCUGAGCCGUGCCGUGUCCAAUGUGAUCUGCGCUCUGGUGUUCGGACAGCGCUUCAGCUACGACGACGCCAACUUCCUGAAUUUGCUGCAUAUUGUCUCAGAUGCGUUUCGCUUCGGAAGUACACCAUGGGGACAGCUGUACAACAUCUUUCCCCGGCUGAUGUCUCACGCACCCGGCCCCCACCAAAAAGUCUUCCAACGCAUUGACCAACUUAGGGAGUUUGUAAGAGGGAAGAUCCACCAGCACAAGGAGACUCUGGACCCAGACAACCCUCGAGACUACAUCGACUGUUUCCUCAUCAGACUUGAGCAGGAGAAAGACCUUCCCACCACAGAGUUCUGCUAUGAUAACCUUGUCUCCACUGUCCUGAACCUUUUCUUUGCUGGCACAGAGACCACCAGCACAACCAUGAGAUAUGCUAUGAUGAUUCUUAUCAAACAUCCAGAGAUACAGGAGCACAUGCAUAAGGAGAUCGAGACAGUGAUUGGUGCUCAUCGCAUUCCACAAAUGGAAGACAGGAAGUCCCUCCCCUACACUGAUGCUGUCAUUCAUGAGGUCCAGCGCUACCUGGACAUUGUGCCCCUCAAUCUCCCCCACUAUGCCAUGAAGGACAUCUCUUUCAAGGGCUAUACCAUCCCCAAGGACACCGUGAUAAUCCCCAUGCUGCACUCUGUGCUCAGGGACGAGGACCAAUGGGAAAAUGCCUGGACCUUUAACCCUGACCACUUCCUGGAUAAAGAUGGCAACUUCAAGAAGAGUCCAGCCUUUUUCGCCUUCUCUGCAGGUAAGCGGGCAUGUGUGGGUGAGCCUUUGGCGCGGAUGGAGCUCCUGCUCUUCCUGGUGUCCAUCGUGCAGCAGUUCCACCUCAGCACCCCUGGAGGACCAUGCGGUCUGGACAUAAAGCCCGAGUUCAGCAGCUUUGGGAAUGUACCCCGCCGAUACGAACUCAUUGUCACCCCCCUGUGUUCAGAGAGGAGGUGUGUGCGCAUCAUGUUUGAGUCCAGCAUGCUGCUGCUGGCUGGCCUGGUGCUGCUCCUGCUGCUGGCCUGGAGGAGGACGGGGGCACGGGGGCUUCGACUGCCCCCAGGCCCCCCUGGACUACCCCUGCUGGGAAACCUGCCCCAAGUAGACAAGAACGCACCCUAUAAGACUUUUAUGAAGUGGAGUAAGCAGUAUGGGCCAGUCAUCACUGUUCAUCUUGGACCUCAGCGCUAUGUGAUUCUGAGUGGGUACCAGACCGUAAAGGAGGGCCUCGUGGACCAGGCAGAGGACUUUGCAGGAAGGGCACCAGUGCCUUUUAGUAUCAAAGUUCUGAAGGGAUAUGGUCUGGGCAUCAGUAAUGGUGAGCGCUGGCGCCAGCUGAGACGCUUCACAGUGAGCACGCUCAGAGACUUUGGGAUGGGCCGCAAGAGGAUGGAGCAGUGGAUUCAGGAGGAGAGCCGACACCUGCUGGAGAGCCUGAGAGAAACCAAGUCGGCCCCGUUUAACCCCACAGUCUUCCUGAGCCGUGCCGUGUCCAAUGUGAUCUGCGCUUUGGUGUUCGGACAGCGCUUCAGCUACGACGACGUCAACUUCCUGCGUCUGCUGCAGAUUAUAACGGACAUAGUUCAAUAUGGGAGCAGCCCCUGGGGACCGCUGUACAACGUCUUCCCCAGGCUGAUGGAUCACCUUCCCGGCCCCCAUCAAACUAUAUUCAAAAAGUUGGACAAAAUGAAAGCCUUUAUUAAAGACAAGAUCCAGGAACACAAGGAGACUCUGGACCCUGACAACCCUCGAGACUUCAUCGACUGUUACCUCAUCAGACUCAAACAGGAGAAAGACAUCCCAACAACAGAGUUCCACUAUGAGAACUUGGUAGCAACAGUGUUUAACCUCUUCCUGGCUGGGACUGAGACCACCAGCUCAACCAUGAGAUAUGCCCUUAUGAUACUCAUAAAGCACCCGGACACUCAAGAACGUGUGCAUAAGGAGAUUGAUUCGCUGCUUGGCCAACACGGUGUCCCGCAAAUGGAAGACAGGAAGUCCCUCCCCUUCACUGAUGCUGUCAUCCAUGAAGUUCAACGCUUUAUGGACUUUGUACCUCUCAAUGUCCCCCACUACGCCACCAAGAACAUCUCAUUCAAGGGCUACACCAUUCCUAAGGACACCGUGAUCAUCCCCAUGCUGCACUCAGUGCUCAGGGACGAGGACCAAUGGGAGAAGCCCUGGACCUUUAACCCUGACCACUUCCUGGACACAGAAGGCAACUUCAAGAAGAACCCAGCAUUCCUUCCCUUCUCUACAGGUAAACGGGUGUGUGCAGGUGAGUCGUUGGCACGGAUGGAGCUUCUGCUCUUCCUGGUGUCCAUAGUGCAGCAGUUCCACCUCAGCACCCCUGGAGGACCAUCCAGCAUUGAUGUCAGCCCAGAGCGCAGCAGCUUUGCCAAUGUGCCCCACCAAUACCAGCUCAUUGUCACCCCCCGUUGACCAAUAGUGGUAUUACAGCCCAGAACAAAACACCAACCUCCUUUUCUCUCUAUCUGUAAAGUGGUGGAAUAAGAAUAAGGACUCCUCUUUUAUUGGGUCAAUGCCGUUUAUGAUAAACUCUUCCCAAGACAUUCAUUUAUGUGAGUUUAAAAUGUUUAAAUGGAUGUAUUUUUUAUUUACCUUUUAAGAGUCACAGUUACAGUUUUUCUCAAUCACUUUCUUCCCCAUUUUUCUGGUAUCAGAAAAACUGUGAAAAGACUAAAUGUACUGCAUAAAAAUCCAUAAUAUUUAUUCCUCCCAAUAUGUACUGUAGCUGCCAUUGACAUGUAAGAGUAAGCACCUAGAAACAUUUCAUUGAACUACAACUUUUCAUCAAUCUCUUUCAUAGAUCUACAGUAAACACCUUUUGUGUUUUCUUCACCAAUUAGGCUAUACAGUAUUUUCUCUAAAUGUGCCAAAGAUCCAAAUAACAACACAGAACAGACAUGGCAUGUCUUAUGGAUAAUGAAUAACUGCUGAUUUGUGCAGUUUUGAAUUUCACACAGGUGUAUCAGAGAUUAAGAUUUAUGAAUCUCUCAUUACCUCAACAAGUCUCAUUCGUCGGUGGUCCUUGUGUCCUUGUUGAUGUUGUUGAUGUCGUUGAACCACGCUGAAGACAAUUUUCUGCCAUGCCAGAUGAUAAAGUUUUUCUGAUUCUGAUUUCUGAUUCUACCACCUCUAUGUUAACUGUUCUGCAAAAGGGUGUGAGAAAUGUGUGAACACAUUCCCAAAACAUGAUUUCCUCUGUGCAAAGAAGGUAUACAUGAAGACCAAGUGGAUCAAUUUCUUUAAGCAGGUCAAAGCAAUCAAGAAAAAGCUAAAUAGGCGAUACAGUACCUUCUCUACAUGUACCUUAGAUCCACUUGCAAAUAGCAACACAGAAAUAGUAUCUCUUAUGAAUAAUGAAUGAUUGUUGAUUGAAGAAUGCAAGCAAUAUCUAUUAACCAUGAAUAAAUGUUUUCCAUUUGUUUCGCACAUGUAAUCCAAUGAAGUUUGGAGUCUUAGUAGAACUGUGUUAAAUGUUUUGAAAAAGGAUGUGAAACGUGUUAAAUCAAUUAAAAUGUCUUCAAUCAUUUGCAAAAGAUGACCUCUGCUGGGCUGAGAAGGUGAAGAUAAAGAUCAAGUGGAUCUAAGCAAUCAGGAAAAACGGUAAUAUCCUGCUGAAAGAGGCCACUGUGAUUAGGGAAUCGCUAUGAAGGGGGUCUGGUGGGAGGCCUACUUGGCCUUCUGUUGUGGAGUCAGCAUGACACUAAACAAACUGCCAUGCACUGGCUGUUCUGUGUUCUGACACAUUACCUUUGUUCUGUAAGCAAUUUGAGCUACCUUUCUACAUUAUGCAAAUAGUGCCACUGAUUUUUGUCAUCUAAAUAUGAUGAUACCACAAGAGGGCCACCAUAGAUAAAGUACAUCC